AAGUAAUAUUAUUAUUAUCAUAGGCUGGUGAGAGUCAUUCUAACUACAAAAUUUUAAUACUUGAGCAUUGCGGUAUUGACGGCACUGUGUCAGAAUUGCAGAAGGAGGUAGUGUACUAGUGAGUAGUGAGCAGCACGGCAGUAGAUCUACCCGCUAGCCGCUGUUCAAUGAAUGAGUCGCUAGCUAAGCGAUCAGUGAGCGCAGGCCAGGAGGGAUGAUGGUCAGUGAUCGCCUUGCAACCUAACCAAGGUUUCAUCCAGUGAACGACAGCUAGCGUAUCCUGUCUCAUCAACGGGGCUCAGAGUGACUGGCCAAACCAAUUGCAGUAAGUCUAGCGAACAACAAUGCAAUGCAGCGAUCUACAUUUCUGUACUCUAUGCUGGUAAGUAUAUUCUUCCUGAGACAUAACACUCCCUUGCCUUGUCUUGGUUGAGGACUAUGUUCUGGUUUAUAGCAUCAGAGUUUAAAGUCAACUGCCUUCCUGCACCGUUCACUGUAUUUGUCACAGUUCAAGCACUCUGCGGUCUUUGAUACUUUGAGUUAAUUAAUGCUUUGUUGUUCACUUGGCCUCAUAGCGAUCACUUUGGCCAGUCAAUCGGUGAGACCUACUGAUGUUACCUAACAAGGUCAAGACAGCUAGCCGUUCGGAGACUGAGUAUUCCUCAUAUUAAAGAUGUGUAUCAACUCCUGUCAAUGCUGAUGCCUCACAUGCAACACACAUACUUCCCUGCCUAAACAUACCCGUUUAGACAAUAAAAUGUGGAAAUCAGAUGCAGCGCCACAACUUUUCAUACAGCUAUGGGGCACAUAGGUGCCCACAUAAUACUAUGCACGUUUGAGGCCAGAAAAAGAAAUCCCCAUCCCCACUGAUGCUGCACUAGGGCCUGGAUGUAGCAUGGUUUCAAAGAGUCCUCUGAAGGGCAUCGGGUUUCUAUGGCCCUGGUCACAGUGUAUUUGCCAAUGCCAGUGCAGUAUAUACAAUGUACAUGUAAUACAGUAAAACUUGUGACUAGCGACCACUGUGACUAGCGACCAGCCUGGUAUUACAGACUACUUCGUCAGGCACAUCAAGUUACCACAGCAAGCCAAAGAGAGUUCUCCAUCACCUCUUCUGGCCACAGCACAUUCGAAUGGUUCGGUGGCCAUCUGGGACACUCGCGACAACAUUGUCCUGGCACGGUAUCAGGACGCGGCAAAGGCUGUCUUUAGCCUGGCCUUUUCCCAGCAAUGCCGCAAAAUGGCCACGGCAUCACAGGACUGUCAAGUUCGUAUCUAUGACAUGGAGUCAGGUUCUCGCAAAUGUUCCGUCCUGGGUGACGUUUUUGACGAAGACCCAGGCGUUGUAGAUCCAAGAACUGAUGUAUGCAUGUAUGGCAGCCACUCAAGCCAUGUGUACGCGGUGAAGUUUAACCCCAUUGACGACAAUCUCUUGAUCAGUGGUGGCUGGGACAGAGGUGUACGGCUCUGGGAUCUCAGGACCAAGUCACAUGUAAAGACCUUAGGAGCAUGCGGUCCGAUUGUUACUGGUGAUUCGCUGGACUACAAGAAGGCUGGUGAUGUCAUCCUUGUGGGUUCUCAUUCUAGAGAUAAUUGUUUGGAGGAAUACGAUGUUGGCACAGGAAAGGUCAUCUCAUCUAUCAAGUUGUCAGUCCCCUCCCAGAUCUGCUGUUGUCAGUACAUGGGUGAAGAUCAGAAUGUAGUCUUGUGUGGUGGCAAGCAAGAUAACAUGAUGAGAGUACUCAGUACUACGGGUGAUGGUGGGACACUGGCCCGUGUAAGCAAUCUGGAACGGUCCGUGUACAGUGUUGCACACUGUAAGCCAAGAGAUCACAAAGUAACUGUCAAAAGAAAAGGCGGCGAAUUGGUGACGAGAACUGAACGCUUUGGAUUCAUCGCUAUGUGCACAGACACUUUGGUGUGCAUUUACCGUCAUGAAAUCGAAUAAGUUGGCCAUGCUGUUCUACCAUACUGACCUGCUCCUAUUGAUACCAUGGACGUACUGGAUGUACUGCUGGAUGUACUGGACGUACUGGUAAGACAUGGAGUUGGGUUCCUGCCUUACUGAUUGCUGGUGCAUCGCUGUUGUUCCGAAAGCAAAGGUCGAUACAGUACAACCCACAUCUACUUCGAAACAGAUCCACGAGAGUCGAUGAUACACCUGGUUGUACUCUUGGCCGAUCUCAGAACCCUUCAUUACCAAUGGAACGGUUCUGUCUCACCGCCCACUUUUGACAUGUGCUACGACUGCAGUUGCUGUCACGCGUUAUACCGGAAUGGAUACGGUCUUCUUUCAAAGCUGACCGUUUGACUGUGCACAUGGCAGCAAUCUGUUGACCAUGGUAAUGGCACAGUGAUAGUCACGUGACGAAAUCAACUAUAUCUACAUGUAUAUGCAUAGAAGACUAGAUGCAAACAUGAUCACUGACUGUAUGCAUAGAAGACUAGAUGCAAACAUGAUCACUGACUGUAUGCAUAGAAGACUAGAUGCAAACAUGAUCACUGACUGUAUGCAUAGAAGACUAGAUGCAAACAUGAUCACUGACUGUAUGCAUAGAAGACUAGAUGCAAACAUGAUCACUGACUGUAUGCAUAGAAGACUAGAUGCAAACAUGAUCACUGACUGUAUGCAUAGAAGACUAGAUGCAAACAUGAUCACUGACUGUAUGCAUAGAAGACUAGAUGCAAACAUGAUCACUGACUGUAUGCAUAGAAGACUAGAUGCAAACAUGAUCACUGACUGUAUGCAUAGAAGACUAGAUGCAAACAUGAUCACUGACUGUAUGCAUAGAAGACUAGAUGCAAACAUGAUCACUGACUGUAUGCAUAGAAGACUAGAUGCAAACAUGAUCACUGACUGUAUGCAUAGAAGACUAGAUGCAAACAUGAUCACUGACUGUAUGCAUAGAAGACUAGAUGCAAACAUGAUCACUGACUGUAUGCUGGUGGUGUUGCCACUCACGCACAUUUAGUGUGCAUCCCUUUCUUAGAUCUGUACUACUAACAUCACUAUUACUCCGUGACCUGUGCCGACUGGUAUGGUCAUUGUGCUGCCGCUGACCUGACUGGGAAUGAUUUCCAUGGCUCGGCUCAGUAAUACUGCUGCACGUGUGAUGUAUUCCAUACCCUGGCAAACAUACAGUAUGAACUAUGCAUUGCAUGAUGACAAGCUCUGCAGACGUGCAGCCCUGAUCGAGUACUAGUACCCGCGGCUAUACUUAGUAGAAGCCAGAGAACAGUUUUUAUCAUGCAGUGCACAGUGCACAGUAAUGUUAUCAUGCAGUGCACAGUAAUGGAACAGUGUCACAGUACAUGCAGGGAGUCAUAAAACACCGGUGGUUGCGCUGUACAACUCCCUGGUCA